UUUUUUUGAUAGUAUUGAUAAGAGCACCUCCAUCGGAGUCUUUUAGAAAGGGUACUAAAAAAAAAACCAAAAAAAAAAUAAAUGAAAAAUGAGAUAAAACCAAAGAACCGGCCCUAAACUAAGGGGUUUUAGAACCACUAAGCAUCCCAUACGUGUCCUCUGUGUAUUGGUCUUCUCUCUCUCUGUCUCUCUCUUUCUCAUCGGUUUUGCUCUCCUUCUCCAAAUCCGUGUUCGAAUUCUUCGAGUUUAUGUGUUGAUUUGAAUCUUGUGAAUCUCCUCGUUGGAAUUGAAAUCACCUCACCUCACUGAAUCGCCGAUCGGUAAUCAAUCCGUAAACCCUAAUCAUUGUUUGAUUCUGGAUUUUUUUUGUAUCAGGGAGAAGACGGAGAUUCAUGGCUAAUAAUCAUAUUGUGCUCUACUUAGCAUAUGUUAUCUUGCUUCUAGGGAUUAUCAGUUCAUCCUUCAACAUGCAUGUAUUUUCAUUUUCAUUUUAGCUCCUGGGAUUUAAUCAUUUUCUAGCUGUUGAGUUUGAUCAACCUUUGUUUUUAGCGUUUACUCUUUGAAGCUACAUGUUAAAAAAGGAUCAAACUUGGUCUUGAAUUUUUGUCUAAAUCUUAUCAUUGUUCCUGAAUUUUUAACAUGGUGUUGUAGCUGGUCUACCUUUAGACAAGAACGUAGUUAGAGCUAGAUGUAUCCGCAAGGAAGGAUUUCUCAUCAUUUCGGGAGAUGUGUGUUGGAGACCAUCUUGCUGUUAAGGGACCAAAGUUUGAGUGGGCGUGGCAGCAUCCGAGAGCGUGCAGUACGAGAAGUUGCUGCUGCUUUCAAGUCCUUCUCUGGACUUGCACGCAAGAUCAAGCUUGCAUACACAAUGCUAACUCUUCCAGCUUGGAAUAGCUUGAACCUGACAAUCAACUAUUUCUCAUCAAAGUAUGCGCACCACAGCGGUGUCUCUCCAAGUUUGCCUCCCCACAUGAAAGUCCAAGUCUGUGCUAAAGAAAACAACGAUUCUCAGCCCGAAGAUGAAAAGAGUCUUGAUAGUAAUAAAGAAGAGGAUGAUGAUAAUACCCAAAGCCAGCCUACGAAUCCAACUACAAGCUCAUUGGAUGACUUUCUAAUUAUAAAUUUGUAUUUCUAUUUUUCAUAUGUUUUUAUGUCAUAUUUGUUUUAAUGUUAUGAAAUCCAAUAAUUUAUAAGUUUUGUAAUAUUUAA